UUACAGACAUGCCAUAGUAAAUCGUCUAAAUAUUUUGGCUACUGCAGGCUUCAUCAAAACUACUCUGUGCAGUCGACUGCGUCAGUUUCGUUCCGCUCGACAUUCGCUGAAAAUCGUUGAUCACUGUCAAGCUCAUCUGAUCUCACGUGUCUGUUGGAUCCUUUCAAAUGUCAAACCACGGCAGCAAAGAUAAUUGCGAGUCUCUUCGCCGACCCAGCCUCUCCAUAAAGAUGCAACGCAGCUUGAGGAAAAUGAGAAAAAGCAUCCAAAAAAUUACUGAGAGCAUCCAGGAAAAUAAACAUUCAUUAUACGUGUUCCCCGAGCAACUGUCCACUCUGACUUGGCGCACCGGGUUUUCUAAAGAUGAAAUUCGUAAACUGUAUCGCGCCUUCAAGCAGCUGUGCCCUAGGGGAUGCGCAACUUCCAGCGAUCUGAAACCCACGUAUGCCAAACUAUUUCCGCUUGGUGAUUCGACCAGAUAUGCACAGAUCGUGUUCAACAACAUCGACAGAAACGGCGAUGGCAUCGUCAAUUUCAACGAUCUUCUCAAAGCCAUGACAUCGAUUAUUAAUGGCAACGUGGACCAGAAGCUUUCCUGGAUAUUUGAGUUCUACGAUCUGAACGGCGACGGUUGUAUCACAAGACAGGAGAUGCUAACUAUAGUAUCCGCGAUUUACGAGAUGGUGCAAAACGCGCAAACUAUCCAGUCCAUGGUUAAUCAGCAGGUGGACAAAUUUUUUGAAAAGAUGGACGCGAAUAGAGACGGUAUAGUCUCCAGAGAAGAAUUUAUGAACGGCUGUAAAAAUGAUGCUAUUAUAUACAAUCAGUUAUUCUUAUUUAACAAUAUCUGGUGACAAAUGAAA